UUCAUUCGGAAGGAAGCUAAAUGAGUGUUUGCUAACUUUUGUAAACACUAGUUUGUCAUGCGAAGAACCGCCUAUGUGACGUUUGGAUCAGCCACAGCGUAAUUCUGCAGACUCUUGACAUCAUGACAGGUAAUGUUGUGAGUUAAGACCACUGUGGUUGCUUGGUAACCAUGUCGAUGUUCAGCACGGGCAUACUGGUCCUCACCUCCCCCCUGCACACCCUCCCCUUGCGCAUCGCCCCCGUCCUGAGCUCCGCAGCCGAGGUGGUGGAGCGGACCCUGUACGUGCACCUGCACCCGGGCCUGAACCUGGGCGGCUCUGGGCCGGGUCAGCCGCCUCGCCCCAUCUACAUCCCCCCGGUGGUGGACCUCUCCACCCUCAUCUCGCGCCUCUACAGCAACGCCGCCGAUGUCUGUGGCCACCUGGACGUCAGAGUUCUGCUGACCAACGUGAGGGCUCAGCCCAGCAGCAGCAACCUCUCCGGCCUUGGCUCUAAUAAUGGAGGAUCGUCGAACCCCUUCCCCUCUCCGCAGUCCCUCUCCCACUCCCCGGAGGUGGUGCUGACGGACUACGCCCUGCAGGACCCCGGCCAGUCCACGCUGGUGGCCCAGUGUCUGCAGCGGUACGCGGGCCACUGCUACGUCUGCAAGCCCAGCCUCAGCUCCGUGCUGCUGCACCCACGGCUGCAGGCGCUGGACAAGAAGUCUGAGGAGACCGACAAAGACCAGGGCAGCAAGAGCGCCGUCGAGGAAGAGGAGCAGGUGGUGGAGAAGGACGGCAGCAAGAGGCAGAGGCUGCAGCCCAUGGAGACGUACAGCGACGUGGUGGUCGGGGGAACGUUCGACCGGCUUCACGGGGCCCACAAGACCCUGCUCAACAUCUCCUGUCUGCUGGCCAACAGGAGGUUCGUCAUCGGAGUGUCUGAUAGAGACCUGCUGAAGGGUAAAGUCCUGAAAGAGAUGAUCGAGCCGUACCGCCAGCGCGUCCAGAGACUGGAGGAGUUCCUGGCGGACGUCAAGCCGUCUCUGCAGUACGAGAUCGUGCCGCUGUUCGACCCCUUCGGCCCCUCCAUCACUGACCCCCAGCUACAGUGCAUUGUGGUCAGCGAGGAGACCAGGAAGGGCGGCGAGGCCGUGAACAGGAGGCGGAAAGAAAACGGGCUGCCAGAGCUGGUGCUGCAUGAGAUCCAGCUCCUGAAGGACGUCCACCACACGGAGAUCGAGGAGGAGAAGAUCAGCUCAUCCAGCCUGCGAUCACGCCUGCUGGGCACCCUGCUCACACCACCCACGCCUCGCUCCGACCUCCCCCUCCUCCCCUACGUAGUGGGCCUGACGGGGGGCAGUGGCAGUGGGAAGAGCUCCAUCGCGCGCCGCCUGGAGGCCUUGGGGGCCGCCCGCAUCGACAGCGACCAGCUGGGCCACGAGACAUACCUGCCCGGGGCCACAGCCUACCGCAGGGUGGUGGAGGAGUUUGGAGCAGAUAUACUAAAUGAGGACAAGACCAUUAACAGGAGGAUGCUUGGAAGGAAGGUGUUUGGGAACCAGGAAAAGUUAAAAGCUUUGACUGAUAUUGUGUGGCCCGAAAUUGCACUGUUGGUUAAAAAGCAGAUACAGCAAGCCAAAGAAGAAGGUAAGCGUGUGUGUAUAGUGGAUGCCGCAGUGCUCCUGGAGGCGGGCUGGGAGACGCUGGUGCACGAGGUGUGGGUCGCCACCAUCCCAGAGGACGAGGCGGUGCGUCGUAUCGUGGAGCGAGACGGGGUGACUGAGGAGGACGCUGUGCGGAGGCUGCAGUCCCAGUGGCCCACCUCCAAACAGAUACAGCAUGCCAACGUGGUCAUGUGCACUCUGUGGGAACCGGACCACACCCAGAAACAGGUACAGAAAGCCUGGAAUCUACUGCAGCAGCGAAUUGACCGGAGACUGCAGGUGGAAAAUUCCCCCUCGUAGAAUCACAGGAGACCCUCGUCAUGUCCUGCUGCUGCUGCUGCUGUCUGAAAGAUGCACAAAACACUUGCUCUGAUAAUACUGUACGACCAGCCGAGGAACAGAAUCUGGGAUUUCUAGAAGACUGGAGAUUCCAGAAGCAUGUUGAAAUGGAACUCUCGUUUUUUAGCCUCAGACAAAUCUAACGUCUGAAGUAGCCGGCGCAGACAGGAUUGAUUUCGCACAAAAGAUGCCGUGCUGGUAAACACGGUGGGAACAACGCCCGAAGUCUUGACACCUUUACCAGGCAUGAGCACUGAUCUACUCAUCUACAACCCACCGCAGUGCAAAGACUGAACUUUUUUUUCCUGAUGCAAAACAAUUUCAACGGUUAAUUUUUUUUUCUUUGCACAUUGGAGAAUGGACCAUUUUCCUUAACUGCCUAUUUUUUUCCAACUCUGUAAUAGAGGUUUAUUUUAAAAUGCAUACUCCCCACAGGCUGGCUCGUACAAUCCAUGGCUAUCAAGAACAAGUCUGCAAAACAACACUAUUUGCAUGCCUAAUCCCUCACUGAACUAAAAUGUAUUGCAAUAGUGCAGAGAUGUUAGAUUUGACUAAACAGCAGAUUUUUAAACCUUCUUACUAUUCAGAUAAGCAGCACUGCCUCUCUAAACUAUACUCGCAACUCUGUAUGAAUUAUCUUGGUUUCAUUUCAUCAAAUGUUCUAUACUUCUAUACCCCGCUGGCAAAUCACUUGACUUGCUGUACAGUCCAAUUUAGAACCUGACUUUUCCAUGCAGUCUGUGUGUGCACGCACACGUCAAGUUGUGCCAUUCAUUUUGUCCAGGUUUGAUGUAAAGAGUGUCUCAUUUCUGUGAGGAAGGAUGGUUUUACACAUACAGUAAGGGAGAGACAUUAUGCAACACUAGCAAGAGAGGCCUUAUAUUGUACUCAAAUGCUUUCUCCUCAUCAAAAUGCUGUUACUACAAGAGAGUUGUAUACAAGAAUUGUGCCUACUGUACUUGCUGGGAUUGAGUGACUUGGCCACCAUUUCGUGGUCAUAACUCAAGACUGAUGGGAUUCAGACCUAGUUUGUUUUAAAGUGUUCACUGUGACAACGGUUGAGCGUUCCAGAUAAUGGAUUUCCAGUUUUCAAAUACUUAAAACCAGCUUUUAUCUGUAAAGAUUUUAGAGAUUAACUGUCGCUACUUACGAAAAAGGUGAUUUGGAGGUAUGGUACCCAGUGAAAUGAAAUAAAGUAAAUGAUUAAUAUUUUAAAA